AAGUAUCACAACUCUUUUGAAUCUAUUUUACUGUCACAUUUAAUCCUUUACAAGCAUAAUAUUCAGCACAGAGAAAUACUAUGUUUCAAAACCUCCAACCAUUUUCCUUACAUUUCUAUCCCUUUCAGGGUCACCAGACCCUAUCCUGCCUACUGUUGGGUGGAGAUGGGGUACACCGACGGGUCGGUUCCAAGGCACAAAAACACUCCUAAAGACAUGCACACCUAGGGACCUUUUAGACUAGAGUAACCAAAUAACACGGUAAAAAUGUUUAUUCCAAAUAUUUAAAAUGCAUCAACUGAAAUAGAAUAUUUGAUUUGUGUGUUUGAUGAUCUGAAUACAUUUAUUGAGCAGUAAUUAUUAGUCUUUACUAUUCAGUAACUUCAUCUGUAAAGUCCCCGUAUGGACGUCCUUUGACCAAUUGAAUGUUGUAGAGUGACUGGAAUUUAUUCCCUCCAUCACUGUCAUUCUGAAAAUGGAAAGUAUAUACUUCACUAGUUUGUUCAAAUGUUAAUACUGUGUAUGCAAAUGUAUUUUUGGUGUAAAGUUGAACUUUUGAGCAUGAGAGGGAAUCCAACAGCAGCAUUUGGUAUUUUUGUGUUGACAUCCGAUUUGGGAUGGAAUACGAGGCUUUUAUGUUGACUGUUAGCUGCAAAUGAGAACUGGACCGAGGGAAUGUGAUGUCCCCCAAAUGAAAAUUACUAAUUUACCAAAUUAAGUUAAAGUUAAACUCCAAUUAGUUGCCACACACCAAUAGGUGAGUGAAAUUAAUUCUCUGAUCUUGACUUAUCCACCUUGGGGAGCGGUUAGCUGCAGACACUUGGGUAACAUUUGGAGGUUUGACCUCCCAAUCCAACUAGUUAGUACUGAGUGUCAAGCAGGGAGGAUGUGGGUACCAUUUUUGGAGUCUUUGGUGUGACUCAGCCUGGAUCUGAACUCACAACUUUCCAGUUUCAGUGCAGCCACACUAAACUCGUGGUACAAUUCAAUUUUUUCGUCAUAUACUUCGCCAUCUUGGAAUCAAAAACUGUCAGUGAGCAGUGGUUGUUCCGAGUAGGUCUGAGUCAACAUUUCUAUAGAAUCACUAAUUAGAAAUGGGAGUCAUCUUAAAAUCAAGUGUUUCGACAUGAGACCACAUACUUUUAGUGAGGCAUCUGAUUGGUCAGUUUAUAACUUGAAUAACUUUGCAUUGCAGAGACAAUGUGGAAAAAUAGGAUUAAUAAGAACGUGUAAAACAAAAAAAAAAUAGCACAGCAUCAAUGGUUAUUAUGACAAAUAAAAUAGUUGUUUAUCUCUCAACAGAAGUCUAUGGGAUUUAGUGGGUACUCCUGUUUGGAACUCUCUUAUUUUGAAAAGCCAGCAGGAAGUCGUCGUCUCGCAGCAGCCCGUCCGCUCUUUAAAGGUGGAGCUGCUGGGAGCAUCAACACUCAGUUGGGAGUAGGCGCGCGCUCUUUCCUGUUCUCUGUGCACUUUUCGGAUGUGAUGGCAAACGCAGCAUCAGCUCAUGCGGGAGUUUGGUUUUUCAUAGCGCUGACGGUCUCUUUAAAUGGUUCUUCGUCUGGGAAAGAUGUGAGCAGGAAAAAAGAGCUGGGAGCCUUCAGGCUGACCACAAUUCUACCAAGCAGCACACACGACCUCGGUGUCGCCCUUCAACAUAAACCGGGAAAGCUCGAGCCAGCCAGCAAACGCGCCAAGAGGUGCACAUGCUACUCCUACAAAGACAAAGAAUGUGUGUAUUACUGCCACCUGGACAUCAUCUGGAUCAACACCCCAGAGCACACUGUGACAUACGGUCUGUCCAGCUACCAGAGUUCUCCACGUUUCAGGCGCUCCGCCGGGAAUGAGCGAAGCAGGACGGCCUCUCGGCGGUGUGCCUGCACUCUGCGAGUCGACUCAGACUGCAGCAGCUUUUGCUACCGCAGCAGCAGAUAGUAAAGGGCCCCCCAGCAACACUACAACCUGAACCAGCACCAGCUUUGCAACAAGCGCAUGUUAGAAUGAAGAUGACGAACAUGUCUGGAGUGCGUGCACCUUUAUUCCUGUGUGGGAUGUAUAACUGUGAAGUUCAGAAACACAAAGAGAUCCAAGCAGAGGACUCAGAGAUCGCCUCCUGUGGGAGUUCAGGAUGAGCAGACAUGGAUCUUUUCCAAAAGCCUCCAUCUAUUCAAUGCAUGGACCAGGAAAGGACAGAAGCCGGAAUCUGCUAUGAGGAUGUAUUCUCCAAACUUUCCUCAACAUUAGCACAUCAAAGGCACAUGAAAUAAGAAAAAAAAAACUCAGUGGAAAAAAACUCUUUUUCCUGGAAUCAAUGAAAUCUCAGCUGUUGAAAGCAGAAAAACUGGAAUCAAAUGUUUGUUUUUGAGAAGUAGUUCUUAAAAGCCAAUUUGUGAAAGAAAAUGUAAGUUCCAAAGGCCCAUGCAGUUGUAUUUAAUGUAUAAGUCCAUAUUUUAGCUGUAAUUUUGGCGGCAUUUAUGAAAAUGUCAAUCUUGCACAUGUGUAAUUCUAUAAAUUUGUAUGUUUUUUAAAUUUAUACAUUUAUAUGAAUCCAAGCUGAAGCAGAUGGGAAUCUCUCAAGCAAAUGAAGAUAUUUAAAAUUUUUUUUUAUUUAAGACACUCAUAUAUAUUCAGCUUUAACACAUCUGCAUGUCUAUAAAAAACACAUUUGAUACUGAAGUCCACAACAAAGCUAUUACAGAAUACUUAAUAGAAAAUAUGAUAAUAUGAUGAUAUUUAAACUUGAAACAGUUCUUAUUGUAAUUAUAAGCAUUCUUUUUGAUUUUAUUGUUUUUUUAUUGUAUCUUGAGUUUGUACAGUUCUUUUUGAUUUCAUAUAAAGUAAAGAAGGAAACCAAAUCUCUGUCUUUUGCUCUUUUUUCUAGUUUUAUAUGAUUUUUAAUUUAAUUUCCUUACCCAAUAAUUGUAUUAAAAUAUAUAAAGCAUU